AUGGAUUCGAACAGCUUGCUGAGCAUGAACUUAGCACUGAACGUGGCCCGAAAAUGUCGCAUCUGCGGCAUGGACAUACUGGAUCUCACGUGCGCCUUUCCGAUCUUUGGUAAUGAUCGGUUGGAUCAGAAAAUCGAACGCUAUCUUCAGCUCAAUAUACAAAUCGAUGAUCUCCUGCCGAAAUGUAUCUGCGGGUCCUGCUACCUAAAGCUCGAAAGCAUCGAUCAGUUCGCAAUGAUGGCAAACCGUACCGAGGAAGCCUUCCGGUCCUGGCUCAGUCGUCUGCGUGGUCUCAACUGUCCAGCGGAGGCGGCGAAAAACGUGAACGUAAUGCUGCCCCUAUUCCGACCCGAUCCGGACAUUAUCGAUACAAAGAAGGGAACCAUUUUAUGUGCACCGAAGAUGGUGCAGCGCAUCCCGGCACCGGUAGUGACGUUGCCCAACCCUUCGGCAAGCAGCAGCCCUCCGGAUAAGGGCAUUAUAUCGUACAGCGACCUGAAGCUGGGACUGCUCAUCAAGGACCAGGAGCUGCUGAAGUUGAUUCUCAAGGCACUGAAGUGGGCGGAAAAUGAUCGUCGCGCGUCGUUUGAGGUGUUGAUACAGCGGCUCAAAAAUUCCAGCUUCCGCGAGAUUCUAUCCAAUCGCAAUCUGUUGAACGACAGCGAUCUUACUCAGCUGCUCAAGUCGUACAUCGGGCAGGGUGUGAUGAACAGCUUCGCCGCGGCACCGGCUGGUACGGUUCCUUUGAAUAACAAUGUUCCUCCAACGGUUACGCUUCAGCCCAAUGCUCUGGAUCAAUUCAGUCGACCGAAUGAAUAUUUUGUUGAAACAAGCAAAGUAAAGUCCGUGUAUCAAGCUUCUUCAAAUGUUGCAAUGCCACCAACUGGAUCUGUGAAUGAGUACAGAAUCGAUGAAGGCAGUGUUACGCAGAUGGAGGUAGGAGUUGAUCCAGACCUGUACCUACCAUACGAGGAUGAGGAUAGCAGCAGUGCAACAAAGUUUGAGGCAAGGCUCGAUGAUCGGCAGGAAAAUACGGUCACCAUUAAGCUCGUUACUACGAAUGUGGCAGGAGAUAUGAUCGAAAACAAGCGGAUGAUUCCGGCAAUCCUAAACGUGCGGGGUAACAAACGAUUUCAAUGCAGUGCAUGUCCGGAAUGCUUCGAAACAAACGGCGAACUUCAGCAUCACAUCGUGAGACGACAUCUGCCCAGAACGAACCGUACGGUGAUGACGGACCAAGGUAAACCGGCUAUCAAAAUUCGAGUACGAAAGCACAAACCGAUACCGAUUCCACUUUCCCCAAAUGUAAUCCCGCCGGUAACAUCAGCCCCCACAAAACCGCCACCGCCAGUAGAGGGCACUGGAUCGUCGUCACCUUCGGCAAUUAAAAUUGUGCCGCUAAAAAUUCCGGCCUCAACUACCAUCACCGUUGUUCCGGCCACUUCCCAACCGAUUCCGGUCAAACCCGUUAACGAUCACAAACUCGAAAUAACGACAGCGAUCGAAACGAAGCCACCCGUGAUAUCCUCCCCAAAGGAGGAGCUUCUGGUACGGAAAUCCAAACGGAAAUCCUCGAUCAAGCUAGACAUCAGCACGCUGCUAGCGGAGAAGCAAAAACGACGAAAGGCUCCGCAAGACGAGCAACCAACAACGUCACAGCCGAAAGUUUCGCGCAAGACCAACGCAUUGUUCUGCACACUUUGCCGGAAGAGGCUAGCACCGCGGGAAAGCAUGCGUGAUCAUAUGCAGCGGGAACACUCUCGCUUUGAGUGUGAAAAGUGCGAUCGGGCGUUUAAGAGUGCGCUCAACCUGGACCGCCACCAGCAGUACCAUGCGAGUGUGGCCGGUACCACCACGGAGUCGAUCGUCACGAAGAGUGCGUCACAGAAAGUGCACAAAUUGAACCAACCUGAGGAGCAAACGCACAAAUGUACCUACUGCGAGAAAGCAUUUAAAAGAAGCCAUCAUCUGAAGCUACACCUGAAACAUCACACAAAGGACGCACCGGUACGCGCGCUAGAGGACAAACCCACCCCCGGAAAUAGUUUGCGCAGACGAGCGAAAGAUAACCAUAGUGCCAUCAGCAGUGUGCUUCAUGCUAGCGAUACAACCACCAGAACGCGAAGGACGGAAGCGUCCAAACGUAAAAGUACAAUGAAUAGAAAAGUGAGAUUUUCUUGCUAG